AUGGGGAAGAAGUCGUCGCGCCCACCAGCUUCAAAGACUGCCUCCGCAGCACAGCCCGCUGCCUCCGCGGCGACUGCCACUGGCAAAAAAUCGUCUAUCCUGCGAGCUGCUUUCUCGCCUUCCGAGUACCAAUUAGCGCUCUUUGCAUCAGUCAUUCAGGGUCUUGAUUCGCAACACCUCCGCAUCCAUGAUAUCCACACCGGUGCUUUGCAGUGCGAACACUCUGUAACCCCCAAAGAGUCCAUUACCUCCUUGGACUGGGGCUAUCUUCAUAGUCAGCGAGAACAGCAGUCCAAUAAAAAGAGGAAGAGGAAGUCCGAUGUCAAUGGCUCGGCAGCAGCAGAUAAAGCCGCCGUGGUUGCUUUUGGUACAAGCUCAUCCGACGUUCGGAUGUAUUCUCCAGCUGAAGAUAAAGUACUCUACACUCUGGCUGGUGUGCACGAUGGAGGCAUCAAAGACUUCAAGUUUACCGUCGGACAGUCUACAAGCCAGGGCUGGAGUAUUGGCGGCGAUAACAGGCUUGUUCAAUGGGAUCUUAUUACUCAGCAAAGCAUUCGCAUCAUAAACAUACCCACUACUUCAACUGUUUCAGCUCUCUCGCGACCUAUUGUCUCGAAUCCACCAGUGAUAUGUGCUACACAGACUCCGGUCAUUCUCGAUGUUGAAAGCUCCGACGCCCAGUCGAUCACAUUCCCUUCAAUGACCAACCCUAUUCAUACACUUCUUCCAUCGUCCGCCCUUUCAAUUAAAGAUACCAAUUUCAUCGCAGCUGAUAACGCGCGCUAUAUCACUGUUUUUGACCCGAGAACAAAGGGCAUAGCAUACAACCUAGUCGCUGAGAAAGAGGUAGCAUCACUGGCAUUAUCUGUCAAGGCUGAAUUUUCGGGGGAAGAACAACAAGAAAGCAGUCCACUUGAGAGCCAAGUUCUCGCUGUUGUAGUUGAAGAUGGCACAGUGGAGUUAUUUAACAGGCCAUUUUUACAGCCUGCUGGACAGAGCGGAUCGAAAGCCUCUAGCAGCCUUAAAGCAAGGGCCAAACAGAUGACCCGCAAAGCCGAUGCCAUACUGAAAAUUGUUAGACCAGAUACUGGAAAAGCGGUUUCUGCGGUUCAAGUGGGCUUUCAAGGGCCCGAAUUAUUCGUCGCGUGGGCUGAAGGUGGUGUGAACUUGAUAUUUGAACGUGUUAGAUGGCAAGAUCAGGACACUGGAAACCUCGUUUUCUCAGGCACUACCGAAAUUACAGGUCGCAAAUCCGCCUCGGUUCUUAGGUCUGCUGCCGUGAUUGAAGAGCGACAGGCCAGCAAAUCGCAUGUGAAUGAGGGCAAGGCUGCGGUUGAGUCCGGUCUUUACACUGAGGAUGUGGAAAUGAACGAUGCACAUAUAGAAGAUGACUCUGUGUCGAUAUCCGACGCUGAAGAAGAUGUCUCUGAUGUUGAGCGUGAGGGAAAGCAGAAGCGUCAGACGAAAACUGCGAACGGUAUCAACGGCAACUCUACUAAGAAUGCGGAAAUCGAGGAAAACGACGAAGAGGAAGAAGAAGCGGGCGGAGAACCUACAUUUGGUGAAUUAGUGCAGAGAAACUCCGCAAUUGACGUCGAGGCCGAGCUGGAAUAUGAUGCUGGCACUGGACCCUUGGUACCUAUCGCAUCUAAGAACGGCAACAAGGCUGUCGCGCAAAUCCCAUCAGGCGUAUCCUUGACAACCGUUCUCUCGCAGGCGCUCAAAACCAACGAUGCCGCAAUGCUAGAAUCCUGCUUCCGUACCUCAGACACCAAUAUCGUUCGCGCAACCAUUCAGCGACUAAACUCCACGCUGGCGGGUGCUCUCAUCCAACGAAUCGCAGAACGAAUGGCAUCUCGGCCCGGUCGAUACGGACAUCUACUUGCCUGGGUGCAAUGGACCUGCAUCGCACACGGAGGCGCAAUUGCCGGCAACGCCGAGGUUCUCAAACGAAUGACUUCAUUGUACAAAGUCAUGGACCAGCGUUCCCGCUGUCUCCCGUCUCUACUCCUACUCAAGGGCAAGCUCGACAUGCUCGAUGCCCAGAUUAAUUUGCGCCAGUCAAUGGCUGACAGUAGGAAACAUGGCAUGGGCAUGGAUGAUGAACUGUUGGAAAGCGUCACGCACUACGCCGGAUUAGCCGGCGACAGCGGCAACGACGAUAGCGAAGCGGAGCGUCAUCGUAAGCGCAAGAAGAUGUCGAAAUCCAAGCGUGAUGGUCUCGGUGAGGAUGAAGAUGCCGAGAUGGAUGAUGAAAUGGCCGCUGUUGAGCUUGGAUUCGGAUCUGAGGAAGAGGAAGAGGAAGGCAGUGAAGAAGAUGCCGAUGAGGAUGGGGAUAUGAUCGAUAUUGAAGCCGAAGAGUCUCUUGAUGAUGAUGACGAUGAUGAUGACGAGGAAGAAGAGGAAGACUCAGACGCAGAUAGCGACAUGGCUGAUUUUAUCGUCUCGGAAGAUGAAGAUGAAGAGAUCUCCGACGAUGAUGAUGAAGAACAGCAGAAAAAAGCACCCACACAACCUCAACGGUCUUCAAAGAAGGCAAAAGUAAAUAAGUCGCGACGCUAA